AAUUCCAAUACCAUGGACUAGCAUCGAAGAAAACAAAAUAAUAACCGAUGUGUUUUUUGUAGUGGAAAUAGUUAAGUUGAUCAUGCUAGGGAAAACGGAUCACCAACUUUUACCAUGAAUAAAUAAUAUGACUGGCACAAAGGAACAUCAUAUGAUAGCUGGCAGAGAAUAUACAAAAUAUUUAAAGAUAAAAUUCAAUAUAGGAUACCGUAUUGACUACGGAUUGGAAAUGGAAAUAUAUUAUUUGCCAGAAAAGUGAUUUUUGUUACUUGACGUUAAUAAAGAUCUCGAAACAUGUUGUAACAAACUUGGAAUUUCAAUUUCGAAUAAAGCAUUCAAUAAUGUAUCUUCGAAUGAUCUAGAAACCACGAAUUUCUAAAGAUUCAUAUAAUCAUUGAUUUUGUAAUUUCGUGGACUUUGGAGCGUUGCAAGUACAGUGCAGUUGUUAUAUCUAGUUUGCAUUAAGGAAUAAAAUGUUAUAUAUCUGUACUUAAAUCAAUUAUAUGUUGUAUGAUUUGAAUUUUAAAUAUGAAACAUGGGAUGUACAUGCGAUAAGAUGUGGAGGCACAAACUGUCAAAGGUCGGGCAUAAAUACGACAGUUUAGAUGGACCACCUACUUUGUCUGAUGCGCAGAAAACUGCUAUUCGGAAUAAUUGGCAGCUUUUAAAAUGCAAUGUAGCGAACAUUGGAGUAAUUACUUAUGUCAGUAUGUUUGAAAGUAGGCCAGAAUUGUUGGAAAUAUUUUCAAAGUUUAAAGGGCGGGACCUGAUGGAACUCAAGCGAGCAGGUUUACUGCGACAGCAUGCACUUAGAGUCAUGGCAACAAUAGAUAAAGUCAUAACCCGACUUGAUGAGCCUACUGCUUUGAUAACUUUGCUCAAGGAAGCUGGGGCACAUCAUAAGCUUUACAAAGUUCCACAAAAUUAUUUAAAGAUAAUUUUACCUCAUUUUCUGAAUGCAAUCAAGCCCCAUAUUGAGGACCAUUGGUGUGAUGAUUUAGAGAACGCUUGGAAAACAAUGUUUGAUAUAAUAAUUUACUACAUGAAAGAAGGUUACAAAGAACCGAAACAUUGUCAUAAAGAGUAUAUUGUGGAGUCAUCGACAUAAGCUUGUGAUGUGUAUUCAAACUGAAAAAGGGACAAGUGAGAAAAUAACAAAAGAAACUGAAACUUACUAUAAAAUGUUGUGUUAGCGCACACAACUUUAAUUGUUUUCUCUCAUAAUAUGUGCAUUAUAUACUAACUUACCAUGUCUGUUAACCAAUCGCAACUUUUCGGCCCUUUCCGUUAGUCUUCGGAUAAAGACCCCGAACACAAUAGUAUGAAUACACAGAAUAAGGUAUUUCGGUCUCACCUACGCUAAGAAACUAGACAUGUAAACAAAUAAUAAUUUAAUGCUGGUAGAUGUUGACGAGUUUAUUUCCAAUAUAUCAAGUAAAUGCCCACCUAAAAUAAAUUAAUCCAUAUAGAUACAAAAGCAAACAAUACAUUACUUGUAUAUCAAUUAUUAUGGUUGUAGAAACCGAAAGUACAAAAUGCCAACCUGUUGACAUUUAGUUGCAUUUGUUGAUAAUUUUACAGCAGUGGGUAUAUUUAAAUUAGAAAUGGUUGUCAGUCAUAUUUUUAAUCAUAACUGUGCCGAAACAGUCUUAAUUUUCUUUUGGAUGUUAAUUAUAUGUACGUUCGUCUUACAUUAUGUUUACAUCUGAAACCACGUGGUAGAACUACUUUCACUCCAGAUUGUUUCCGAUGUUAUUUUAGAUAAUAGCCGACGAUGGUUAACUAUUAUGAUAACCAAAUAAACCCGUGUUAUACAUGUAUAGUCAUAGGACUGUUAUAUAGUUAUGCUUUCUUGAGAAACAAUCAUUGAUAAAUAUUACCUAGAAGAUUGUGCCAUUUACACCAGACGUACUUAAAAUGGGAUCUUAAUUUUUUUUACAUUUGUCUUUUGAAUAGUUAAGCAAAACGGAAUUAAUUAAAGUGUCCUUUAAGGAUAAUGGCAAUAUCCGUUUAUUUGUUUUUAAAUAAAAAUAAAACUACUAAAAGUAUAAAACAUAUGUCAGAAUAAUAGACUCAAGAGAUAUAUUUUACUUUUUUCAAAGGUUUACUUUUUCUAAAUUUUUAUAAUAAAAGAUUUUUAUUUCGAACUUUCAUCAUUAUUUGAUUUUGUUCAUAGCAAUGAUGCAUAUAGAUUUUGAUGCAUAGCAUAACAACUCUACAUAUAUUAUUAUACUCUAUAUUUUGUCCUUUGAAUGGUUAAUGAAAACAGCGGGGAAAGUAAUUGUUGUUCUUUUUUUGGCAAUGCCAGACUAAAUAUAGUUCUUUCAAUUAAAAUAACCUUUAGCAGCAACGUUUUAAAUAUUGCUUUUUGCAAAAAAAUACUUGAAAUUCUAAAACGUUUCGUUAAUUAAGAAUGAGAUAUUUAAAGUAAUAAGAUUCUCAAAUUACACGAUAACACUUAAAAAAGCAGUUAAAGAGUGUUUCUGUUUUAUUUUUAUUUGGUUUCAAAUCACCCAUCACUUAGCAUAGGUUAUUGUACUAUUUCUGUAAAAAAAAAUAAAAUAAGCACAUGUUCACAUCACUAUAACUAAUUGGCCAUAGAAAUCAUCUCGUUUAGAAAUGUGUUUUCCCAUUUUACAUCCAGGUCGCAAAGAUCAAUUUUAUCUUAAUCUGAUCUUAGCCAGAAUAGUUUAUUUCCAGUAUUUGUAAAUAAAAGGUUAUUGAAGAAUUAAAGCAAACCCCUAAUGACUGAUUGAAAUUAUAUAUAAAGAAUAACGUAAACUGUUUACUAAAUGUAUAAAAGGUAUAGUUUAAUAUGUUUUGUUGUUUUUUUGUACCAGACUGACUCAACCAAACUAUAGUUUUUGGGAAUGUUGGCCGAGGCUCGAUAUCAUUUCAUCUAUUUUUGACUGUAGACAGUUUUUCUGAGAAUGGUAGUUUAAUUUGUGGAAAGAUUUGGAUUAGUUUAAACGUUUACAAAAAAUGACAGAAAAGUGAAAUGUGAAUAUUAAAAGAUGUAGUUACCUGUU